GCCGGCCCCUGCGCAGCCCCCCGGGGACGCGGCGGCCCGGGCGUCGGUCAGCAACGGCGAGGACGCGGGCCGGGAGCGGGAGCUGGUGGAGCUGAAGAUCGUCUGGAACAAGACCAAGCACGACGUGAAGGUGCCUCUGGACAGCACGGGCUCCGAGCUGAAGCAGAGGAUCCACUCCAUCACAGGACUCCCGCCUGCCAUGCAGAAGGUCAUGUAUAAGGGGCUCGUCCCUGAAGAUAAGACGUUGAGGGAAAUAAAAGUGACCAGUGGGGCCAAGAUCAUGGUGGUUGGCUCCACGAUAAAUGAUGUUUUAGCAGUAAAUACGCCCAAAGAUGCUUCGCAGCAGGAUGCAAAGGCCGAAGAGAACAAGAAGGAGCCUCUCUGCAGGCAGAAACAACACAGGAAAGUGUUGGAUAAAGGAAAACCUGAAGAUGUGAUGCCUUCUGUUAAGGGUGUCCAGGAGCGCCUGCCUGCGGUACCUCUGUCCGGCAUGUACAAUAAGUCUGGAGGAAAAGUGCGGCUCACUUUUAAGCUAGAACAAGACCAGCUGUGGAUCGGCACUAAAGAACGGACUGAGAAAUUGCCCAUGGGCUCCAUUAAAAAUGUGGUCAGUGAGCCUAUCGAAGGACACGAAGACUACCACAUGAUGGCGUUUCAGUUGGGCCCCACGGAGGCCUCUUACUACUGGGUGUACUGGGUCCCGACGCAGUAUGUGGAUGCAAUCAAAGACACUGUGCUGGGCAAGUGGCAGUAUUUUUGAAAGCACUUUCACCUCUGGCCCAGGAGACUGACCCAAAGCGAAGGACGUUGUGGGAGAGGCCUGCAGCACCCUGGAUUUCAGAGUUCUGGAACUUGGUUCACAAAACAAUCUCCAUUCAGCCUGAGGCGAUGCGGUGACUGAAGCCAGAGGUGAUGUACUUUCACCAUUAGCUUAAUUUUAACUUAAAAUCACCAGUCCCUUUCUCGCAGUCAGCUUCGUACCAUUUUUAAAGUCAGCACCGUGGAAAUGAAUAAAUCUGAAUUCCGAACCUGUUGUGUGGAAUACUCUACAGUCUGUGUGAGAGUAGAGCUGCCAGUUAAUGUCGAGAAGGGAAUCAUCAGAAGCUUGUGUUACUGUUUUUUGCUUUAAAAAAAUCAUAUCAACAGAAAUAUUUUCAUAAAUCUUUGGUUGCAAGCAUUUGGACUGCGUUGUGCUAAGUUGGGGCGUUUUUUCCUUUUUCUUCCUUGAUGUAAAUUGUAUGCAAAAUGGGGGUUUUAGUAAGCCAUAUUUUCCUGUCCAUUGUUUCAGAUUUAAUGCUCUCCCUUUGUUAAUUUUCUCACUUCCCCUAGAUUUGAGUUUUUAUUUUCAAAACCCAAAGACACCAGUUCCUCUUUUGGUACCUCGCCCGCGCCUCCCUGCCCGGCCGCCUCGCCGCUGCUUGGGCGUGCGCGGGGGCGAGGCGGGCGCGAGGCCGGGUCGGGAGCGCUCACCUGGCCGCGGGUUCGCAGAGCGGCGGCGAAGCUCGCGAGGGACUCCUGUCCGCACGUCUCGCCCUCUGGACCCCAGCUUCUCAGGAGUCCGCCGGGCUGCUCCGGAGCCCCCGCUGCGGGGCGAGCAGGUGGAAGACGACUGACACAGCCAUAUCGCCACAGGUCCAGAGACCGCUUUUCUUUGGAGGUUUUCCAGAAGUUCUUAAGCAGUCCACUGGUUAUUUCAGCUCUGCGGCUCCAUCCGGUCCUUCUGCUCCCGCUUGAGUUCAAGUGUCCUUUAUCCCAGGUGCAGAGGCGCCGCCUCUGUCAGGACAAGACUCCGGGCCGGUGGGUUGGCCCGUGGUGUCCGAACAGCAGAAGUGGGAUAAGUUGCUUUCAUGAUGAGCUCACCUUCUGGUUUUAGCCCUUGCGUUCUUUGUACACGUGAACUUCUGUCGUCUCCUCGUGACUCGAUGGACUCUGAGAUAAGGGACAGUCUCAGUGGGUGGUACCCUUUGUGCUGUUCGCUGUUCCUCUGCUGCUGUCUUUGCAAUUCUCCUCUCCGUGGUCGCAGGCUCUCGUAGUAAGGUUUGGCAAGAAAUCCUCCCCCCUCACACCUCGGAUUCUAAGCUGUCGGCCCCUCGUUCUGUGCACCGUGAGCAUGUGUUCCUCUACGACGACUGUUCCUUGUGAGCCAGUGGACGAUAUUCUGUGCCCUUCCCUUCUAAGCUGUAGUUCAGGAAUCCGGCCCAUGUAGACAGACUCUUGCUUUUCGUGGUGUAGUCAGUGCCAAGUUACGCACCUGGGCGAGAAAACCCACUCUGCUUCUUUGGGGCACGAGUGCGUAUGUGGAGUCCGGCGUCCAGGAAGCCGCCUGUUCUCAGCCCUCGAGAAAGGAGGAGCCCUUGUGCCUUCCGUUCUCGGUGGCCUGCGGUUCUUGCGGGGGAAGAGUGCAUCUUGGCUACUCGUCCCGGCCUCCCGUGGGGAGCAGGUCUGCAGAAGGUCAGGCAGCAGCUGAAUACUGCCCUUGUCGUUUGCCAAUGUCAUUGUCCUAAAGACUUGUCCGGCAGUGCCAACGCCCACUUCGGUCUCCCAGAGCAGGUUUUUCUGUCCCCAGGUUGGCCUGAAGCCCCCGUCAGCCUCCCUUGCUCCCUGCGUGGCUCCCAGCCGCCCCUGCCACCCCUGCCGCCCCUGCCUCUUGGCGAGCGCGUGUGCCGUGCCCUCCCUGCCGCCCGAGAGCCACACUGCUGCUCACUCAGGCUGGUGUCGCUUCAGGAGGACCAAAGCCUGUGUGAGCCUUUUUCAUUUUCAGUAAAAUGGUGCUUUUUUCCUUACUUCAAGAUACUACAUAUACAUCAUAAUGUACACGACAUCCUUGUAUGGAGCUGUUUGAAGUUGCUUGGAAGAGCUCAUUGAAUCUGCUCUCGCAGCCUUGAGCUCUGGCUCCUGACCCCGGCCACGUGGAAGGGCCCGGCUGGAAGCUCGAGGGACAGCGCAGGCACAGCCCCAGGCGCCCGCGGGAGAAGUGUCUCACAUCCACGUUGGGUCUCCGCAGUAUUCACGAUCUUGUCCUUACAUCCUGUGGGCAGUCAGUCUCUGUAUAUUUCUGACCGUCUGGAGUUUACUGACUAAAUCUGUGUGAGCAAAUUGAAAUACUCUUCCCUUCAGGUAGCACCGUAGGGUUUAUUUUUCCUCAGGAUUAUUUCUGUACAGUUUCGUCACUGUCAGUUUAUAGGGGACAGGGCUCCCCUCCCUGUGGCAGGGGCUCCUGGGAGGCAGAGGGGGAGCUGCCUGCGCGCAGGGCCGCUGCUUCCCCCCUGCCCUCUCCCUCCCUGCGGCAGCGGCACCCUUCCCGGCAGGUCAGAGGGCAGGGUGCGAGCUGCUGGCACUGCGCUGAAGGAUUCUAAUCUGGUAGGCCUCCUGCAGGGAGUGUCUGCUCUCUUUAAAUGAAGUUCAAGCGAGUUAAGGAUGCACUUUCUUACAAUCUUGUCGACAGAAUGGGGCCCAGGUGAGACCCUUAGCAGGCUCUUAGUUGCUGCUCUGCCUUGUAAGGGCCAAAGGGACUAGCUCCGCCACUGCUCAGAGAAGCUGCCACGGCCACCGGAAGGGCCUGGCCCCGGGCCGUCCAGCCGCGUGCCUGGGGGCCGAGCGCGCCCCUGGCCCUUGCUUGCUCCUGCCUGCCGUCCUGGGCGGGGCGGCCCCUGGCCUAGGGCGGAGUCGCCUGCCGGGUCCUCUGUGACGGGCUCUAGCGGCCUCUGCCCUCUGCGAGGUCCGGGGGCGGUCAGGAGCCCUGGGGCGCAGACACCCGCUAGUUACCUGCCCGGCCGGGUGGUUUUCCUGCUCUCUGACUUUCCAACAACCUUUUUCUUCCCGAAAGAGUUCUGCAGUUAUUUGACAAAUACAUGUACGUAUCACGUUUCCUUGUGGUGUAUGCUCUGUUCUGGUUUGUUUUGAAAUCAAAUGCCUGUCUGGGAGGAGGAGAACGUAUGUAGUCUAUUAGAUUUGCGCUGCUGGAUUUUUUUAAAAAGUAUAACCUUGAUUAGCUGUCUUUAUUGUUCAUUCUGUAAGAUUAGUCUAUCAAUUAAAGUUUGAUAAUUAC